CACAGCUCAAGGUGCUCUCCUCUUGUUUUUUCCCCCAAACCAGGAUUUUUCAUUCCUAAGCCGUGGCUGGAUGGAGGAGGAGGAAAAUCCCUGGAGAUGCCGCACGAGGAGGGUCUGCAAACCCAGUCCAGGGAGCUGUGGGGAGGAAAGAUCCCCCCUAUGCCAGGAAAAUGGCCAGAGAACCCGCCAGAGCUCAGAGCUGGGGGAGAAGCCUCAUGGUGGGGAGAAGCCCUGCAAGUGCUUGGAAUGUGGGAAGAGCUUCAGCUACAUCUCCAGCCUGAGGGAACACCAGAGGAUCCACACGGGGGAAAAGCCUUAUGAGUGUGGCAAAUGUGGGAAGUGCUUCAACCAGAGCUCCAACCUGAGGGCACACCAGAGGAGCCACAGUGGGGAACGGCCCUACACCUGCCUGGAAUGUGGAAAGAACUUUGGGUGGAGCUCUGACCUGAGAAAUCACCAGCUUAUCCACACUGGGGAGAGGCCCUACGAGUGUCCUGAGUGUGGGAAGAGGUUUCAGCGCAGCUCCACUCUCAUCAGACAUGAGCGGAUUCACACAGACGAGAGGCCCUUCCGCUGCCCCGACUGUGGGAAGAGCUUCAACCGCAAUGGCACCCUCACCAUCCACCGGCGCAUCCACACUGGGGAGAGGCCCUACGAGUGUCCCCAGUGUGGGAAGAGCUCACGGAGCUCUAACUUGACCCAACACCAACGGGGGCACCAGUAAGGGAAGCCCUGCGAGUGCCCCAAGUGCGGGAAGAGCUUCGUGCGCUGCUCCAGCUCCAUCCCCCAUGGGAGGAUCGGCGUUGGAUGAUCCCCAGUGACCUCCGUUGGGCAGAGC